GUGUACCUCAACCCGGAUAUCCUGGUUAUUAAUCCAUUCCAAACCUUAGUAAAACAGCGAUAUACUACUAAUAAUAUGUGUAGGGUGUCGAGGCAGCCGCGCUUUUCGCCCCGAAAAAAGGGGGGUCGCGGAUUCGAUCCGAGUCCAAGAGAAUCAGACAAAGCCGUGACAGCAACGGCCUAGUGAUCCAAAGCUAAGUAGUCGUAGUAGUCGUAGCCAUCGGCGCGGUGGUCUCAUCAGAAGCGGAUCGCUCGAUCGAUCGCCUUAUACCUCCACGUCUCGCCGUCCGUCUCCAACCCCAACCCCACCCACUGAUCCUGCAGCUAGCUAGCCUCUUCUCCCGUCGCGCGGCGAACCAGGCGCAAUGGCGGUGCACCACUCCCUCGAGGUGGCCGCCGCAGGAGGCGACGGCGGCGGCGGCCGAUGCUACGACGACGACGGCCACCCGGCACGCACCGGGACGGUGUGGACGUGCGUGGCGCACAUCAUCACGGCGGUGAUCGGGUCCGGGGUGCUGUCGCUGGCGUGGAGCGUGGCGAAGCUGGGGUGGGUGGGGGGACCGGCCUGCAUGGCCUGCUUCGCGCUCGUCACCUACGUCUCCGCCGCGCUGCUCUCCGACUGCUACCGCCGCGGCGACGACGACAAGGGCCCCCGGAGCCGAUCCUACAUGGACGCCGUCCGCGCCUUCCUCGGCAAGAAGCACACCUGGGCCUGCGGCUUGCUCCAGUACGCGAGCCUGUACGGCUGCGGCGUCGCGUAUACCAUCACCACCGCCACUAGCAUGAGGGCGAUCCUGAGGUCCAACUGCUACCACACGCACGGCCACGACGCGCCCUGCAAAUACGGGGGUAGCUACUACAUGCUCAUGUUCGGCGCGGCGCAGCUGUUCCUCUCCUUCAUACCGGACUUCCACGACAUGGCGUGGCUGUCGGUCCUCGCCGCGGUCAUGUCGUUCUCCUACUCGUUCAUCGGCCUCGGCCUCGGCCUCGCCAACACAAUUGCUAAUGGAACGAUCAAAGGAAGCAUAACAGGUGCUCCAACGAGAACCCCUGUGCAGAAGGUCUGGCACGUCUCGCAGGCCAUCGGCGACAUCGCAUUCGCGUACCCGUACUCAUUAAUCCUCUUGGAAAUUCAGGACACACUGAAGGCUCCACCGGCCGAGAACAAGACGAUGAAGAAGGCGUCCAUCAUCUCGAUCGUCGUCACCACCUUCUUCUACCUCUGCUGCGGCUGCUUCGGCUACGCCGCCUUCGGGAGCGACGCCCCUGGCAACCUCCUCACCGGCUUCGGCUUCUACGAGCCCUACUGGCUCAUCGACUUCGCCAACGCCUGCAUCAUCCUCCACCUGCUCGGCGGCUACCAGGUGUACAGCCAGCCGAUAUACCAGUUCGCGGACAGGUUCUUCGCGGAGAGGUACCCGGCGAGCCGGUUCGUGAACGACUUCCACACGGUGAAGCUGCCGCUGCUGCCGCCGUGUCGGGUGAACCUCCUGCGGGUGUGCUUCCGGACGGUGUACGUGGCGAGCACCACGGCGGUGGCGCUCGCCUUCCCCUACUUCAACGAGGUGCUCGCGCUGCUCGGCGCCCUCAACUUCUGGCCGCUCGCCAUCUACUUCCCCGUGGAGAUGUACUUCAUCCAGCGCCAUGUCCCGCGGUGGUCGCCCCGGUGGGUCGUGCUGCAGUCGUUCAGCGUCCUCUGCCUCCUCGUCAGCGCCUUCGCGCUCGUCGGCUCCAUCCAGGGCCUCAUCAGCCAGAAGCUAGGCUAAAGAUUUAGCCUAGCAUCCUGAAUUUCGGAUUUGCUUUUUCUUUGUGUAACCGUAAUGGGAUGAGAAUGCAUUUGGUGGUCGUGUGUUGUUUGUAACAACUGGGGAGCGGAGCUUUGUCCCUGGUGAAUGGCGCGAUGAACUCAUGAACAAUAGCAUAGUGGUGGUGGUACAUUGUGUCUGCAGGGGUCAGAGGGUGGUGGCACUCUGUUUUUCAGUGCCUUUCCUCCUGUGCUGCAGAGAAACUGCUCCUAUAUAUGUACAGAAUGUCGUCAUAUUAUUGCCAUGAUACUUGGAACGGUGAAAGGAACCUGCUCUUGAAUGAUGUAUAAAUCAGAGAGAGAAAAAAAGACUGCUCAGUACUGUGUUUAUCUA